AUGGCAUCCAAAGGUGCCGUUCUGCCUCUGCUGAGGCGCGAAAUGCGCUCGGCCUCUCGAUUCUCACGAACUACCCCCUCGAUCUCCUCCCUCGUCUCUUCUGCUCGCAGCCCCGCCAGUCCCUUUUCGUCUUCCGGGAGACGUUUGGCCUGCCAAACGGUGCCCUUCACUCCGCUGCAAACCCGGGCGUUCUCGCAAUCGGUAUCACGGCGCUUUACCGAUGAAAAUGGCAACUUCGACCCGCGGUCAAUUGACCGUGAAUCCGACGAGGUGGAUGUCUGUAUCGUGGGUGGUGGUCCCGCUGGUCUCGCCGCCGCAAUUCGAUUGAAGCAGCUUGCAAACGAAGCCGGGAAUGAGGAAUUCCGAGUCGUUUUGCUAGAAAAGGCUGGCGAGCUGGGUGCGCACAUUGUCUCCGGCAACGUCCUCCAACCGACCUCCAUGAACGAGCUGUUUCCCGACUGGCUCGACGAAGAUAACCCUUCCCGCUUCGAGGGUGCUACCCCUGUCACGGGCGAUAAGAUGCGGUUCCUGACCAAGAACUCAUCGUACCCUCUUCCCGCCCCGCCGCAGAUGAACAAUCAUGGAAAUUACAUCAUCAGUUUGAACGAGUUGACCAAGUGGCUCGGUGAGCGCGCGGAGGAACUAGGAGUGGAAGUGUAUCCCGGAUUUGCUGCCAGCGAGAUUGUCUACACUCACGAUGGAUCAGUAAAGGGUGUUGCGACCAAUGACCUUGGACUGAGCCGGGAUGGCAAGGCCAAGGAUACGUUCGAGCGCGGAAUGGAGUUCCACGCCCGCGUCACCCUUCUCGGAGAGGGCUGCCACGGAAGCUUGACGAAGCAGGUGAUUAAGAAGUAUGACUUGCGACGGGACAGCCAGCCUCAGACCUACGGACUGGGAAUUAAGGAAAUCUGGGAAAUCCAGCCGGAGAAGUUCCGUUCGGGUGAGGUCACCCACUCGAUGGGAUAUCCGCUCCCCAGGGAUACCUACGGUGGUGCUUGGAUGUACCACUUUGGCGACAACAUGGUCAGCAUUGGUUUGGUGGUGGGAUUGGAUUACCCGAACCCCUGGCUCUCGCCGUACGGGGAGUUCCAGAAAAUGAAGCACCACCCCCUGUUCAAAGAAGUCUUGGAGGGUGGCAAGUGCAUCUCGUACGGUGCGCGUGCACUGAACGAGGGUGGUUUCCAGUCCAUUCCCAAGUGCGCGUUCCCAGGCGGUGCCCUGAUUGGUGACACUGCUGGGUUCUUGAACGUGCCCAAAAUCAAGGGUACGCACACUGCGAUGAAGUCCGGUAUGUUGGCAGCCGAGGCUACCUUCUCUGCGCUGCAAAGCACAAGCGAAGGCACCGUCUUCCUUUUCGACUAUGAAAAGGCCCUCCGGGAAUCGUACAUUUGGAAGGAGCUGCGCGAGGUGCGCAACAUGCGGCCUUCCUUCAAUACCCCUCUGGGCUUCUUCGGUGGAUUGAUGUACUCCGGAUUGGAGGCCUACAUUCUCCGUGGCCGUGUGCCAUGGACACUUAAGCACCACGGCACGGAUGCCGCCGCCACCAAACCUGCAUCUCAGUGCAACAAGAUCGAAUAUCCCAAACCCGACGGCGAGAUCAGCUUCGACAUCUUAACCAGCGUGAGCCGAACCGGCACCAACCACGAGGAGGACCAGCCCGUGCAUCUGCAGGUGGAGGAUUGGGACAAGCACAAGGACCUGGCGUGGCCGGUCUACAAGGGUGUGGAGAAUCGGUUCUGCCCGGCCGGAGUGUACGAAUACGUGGAAGACCCGAGCAAGACGCACGGGGUGCGGUUCCAGAUCAACGCGCAGAACUGCAUCCAUUGCAAGACGUGUGACAUCAAGGUGCCCACUCAGGAUAUCAACUGGCAAACCCCUCAGGGUGGAGAGGGCCCCAAGUACAUCAUGACAUGAGCUAACUUCAGUAUGCUCUGGAGUUGUGGAAUUAAAUAUAGCCCUGUAUUGUAUAUAUCGAAUAC